UCAGCCUUCUUGGCAAAGCAAAACAACUCUUCAUCUUCCACCACCAUUAGUAACAUGUGUGCCCUUUUUCAUGAUCCAAACAAUGCCGUAUUCAUCAAUCCUCAUCAUGCUACAACACUCUCACCCUUAGAUAAUAUCAACCAUUCCUCAGUUUUAAACCCCAAAUGCAUUUCCCCUUUCAACAAGAAGAGGAAAUCCAAUUCUGCUCACUCCAAGGAUUUGAGAGAAUUAGUGAAAGGGAAGAAGCAGGAGAAAUGUGAGGAUAAGAAAGAAGAAGAAAAAGGUUAUAUUCAUGUAAGAACAAGGAGGGGCCAAGCAACUGAUAGCCAUAGUCUUGCUGAGAGGGUGCGGAGGGAGAAAAUAAGUGAGAGAAUGAAGCUACUACAAACUCUUGUUCCUGGUUGUGACAAGGUAACUGGAAAGGCCCCCAUGUUGGAUGAAACUAUAAACUAUGUCCAAUCACUCCAAAAUCAAGUUGAGUUUCUUUCAAUGAAGCUUGCAUCUGUGAAUCCCAUCUUCUAUGAUUUUGGUAUGGACUUUGAACCAUUCAUCGUACGACCUGAUUAUCAGAAUUUAAAUAGCUUGGCAUCACCAUUGCCAGCAGGCAGCCCCACAACAGCCAAUUCCUAUCUAGUCUUAGAUAAUUCUGUUAAUUCUUCUCUCUUGUCCCAGAUUCCAAAUGCUCUAUCCCAGGGUGAUAGACAGGCUUGGUGGGAAGUGGAUGAGCAAAGACAGAGAAUUAAUAAUCAGUCAGGAAUCAUCAACAACUUGUUUUCUUUCCCGUUGAUGUAAAAACCCAACCAUUUGAUGGUCUUGGUCAAACAAAAAGGAGCAAAGAAAGUAAUUAAAUUGAAGGCUGGUUACUCUUGUCUGCGGUAUCAAAUUGUGGUGCUAAAAGAAACUCGGAAUCUUGAGCCAGUAAUCAGCAAAUCUUUCACUUUUGAGAUCCUUUGUAUGCAACAUAACUUCUGCACCCAUAAUCAAGGUUGUGGUUGUUAGAAUUUUAGGCAGUUGCUAGUGGUCAAGAAUAUUGUAAUAUAGCAGGAAUAGUUUUUUUUUAUGUGGUAAUUAACAAUCAUUUGGCUGUUAAUUAUUUAUUGCACUUAUUCUGUUUCGACUAUAGCCUUAAAUGGUCAUCUAAGGAAAUGUUGUAAUUUUGUAUGUACGUAAUAGCUAGGGACAAUAGAAUAUUCAAAUUUAGCUAGGUAUAGAUAUAAAAAAUUGUACUUUAAUUUUUAUUUUGUGUAUGUAAAGA